GACUUAAUCCUGAUUUAUUGAGUUGUUUAUUCGAAGGCGAGUAUACAUAUUUACCCUGCUGGCUACUGACCACACAUCACAACAGAAGCAUUCUUCCAAGCCUCUGCAUCAAACGAAAAGUUUUUUAGAUCAACCUGCAUAUUUCAUAAUGAAGUUUGUCAUCUUUCUUGGACUUCUGGGUGUGGUGCUCGGCAAUGACGCCAACUACGUCUUCGAGCUGUUCCACGCUACCGACAGCAACAACGACAAUGUCAUUUUGUUUCAUGAAAUGAUGGAAACUUUUAACUACAUGGAUUUGGACGGCGAUUACCAGCUGACUCUUGAAGAGUUUGGUUCUGACUUAAUUCCCGGGUCGCCUCCUCUUGAUGCCGAGAGCGCUUUCAAAUUCUUCGACACAAAGGACCUGGAGGAGAAUGGCUUGUUGGAUAAAUCAGCUGUUGUGUUCUUUUUCAAUGGCCUGGACAGUAACAAGGACCACCGACUCACAAUUGUGGAAUACAUGGAGAAUUAUUUUCUGCUCUUCGAUGACAAUGACCGUAAAUAAAACACCGGAUUUGACGGAGUGUUAACAAGCUGCUGGAAGCGAAAAAUAAAAGUAAAAUUUUCGAAGCCAAA